AUGUCGGGGUUUUAUGCGAACGAAACGAAGGCGGAGGUCUCCGAUGCGCAGGACGUGCAGGACAAAAGCCCGCAGACGUACUCAGUCGAGAAGAAUGGAUCCCAAGAGCCUCAGAAGGAACAGCAGCAUCAGCAGCCGGAGCAAGGGGCAGCGGCUCGAUUCUUACAGUAUAUGAAGACCCGAGAUUUCUGGCUGCUCAUACUGUUGGGUCAAGUUAUUGCCCUCGCCGAUAUCAGCUCGUCCACCUUCUCGUCUCUGCUGUCCUUGGAAGGAACCAGCAUGCCUGCCUUCCAGACGCUGUGGAACUACGUCCUAUUGAAUCUGGUUUACACAGGAAUUACGCUUUACAAGUACGGCUUCAAGAAAUGGUUCAAGAUGCUGUAUACCGACUGCUGGAAGUAUUUCAUCCUGUCCUUUUUGGAUGUCGAGGGCAAUUAUUUCAUGGUGCUAGCGUACCGGUACACUUCGCUGCUGAGCGCUGAACUGUUUAGUUUCUGGACCAUCAUCUGCGUUGUAUUCAUUUCCGCAGUGUUCUUGCACAAACGCUACCAUAUUACCCAGUACCUUGGUAUCUUUAUUGCCUGUGGCGGACUCGGCAUGCUGAUCGCCUCGGAUUACCUUCGUGGCGCAAAUUAUCCUGCUCAGAAUCAGCUGAAGGGAGAUCUAUUCGCCUUGCUGGCGAGCACCAUUUACGCUUUCAGCAACCUGUUUGAAGAGUUUAUGGUCUCGAAACGCCCCAUGUACGAGGUUAUUGGACAGAUGGGCUUCUGGGGCAUGUUGAUCAAUGGCGUGCAAUGCGCCAUUUUUGAGCGAUCUGAUUUCCAAGGCGCGACCUGGAACGGCAAGGUUGGUGGAUAUAUUGCCGGUUAUACCAUCGUCUUAUUCAUCUUCUAUACGCUGGCGCCCAUCAUGUUGCGUAUUUCGUCGGCCACUUUCUUCAAUAUCUCCUUACUCACCAUGAACUUUUGGGGCCUGAUUAUCGGUAUCCAGGUAUUCCACUAUACUGUACAUUUUCUCUAUCCGAUAGCCUUCGUUUUGAUCGUCCUCGGACUCUUCGUGUAUUUCGUCAAGGAGGGUAUCCUGGGUGAGGCGUCCAAGCCGUGGCUAGGCGAGAACCAAGAGGGCGGUAUUGAUGGUGUUGGAACUGCGCGACGUGCAGAGGCCACAGGACAUGCAAUUGUUUAG